AUGGAGAAAGAGCGGCCGCAGUGGUCCAACCCGCUGCAGUUCCUGCUCGCCUGCAUCUCCUACGCCGUGGGCCUGGGCAACGUGUGGCGCUUCCCCUACCUGUGCCAGCUGUACGGCGGGGGUAGUUUCCUGGUCCCCUACCUCAUCAUGCUCUUCGUGGAGGGAAUGCCGCUCCUGUACCUGGAACUGGCAGUGGGGCAGCGUAUGCGGCAGGGCAGCAUCGGCGCCUGGAGGACUGUCAGCCCUUACCUCAGUGGUGUCGGCGUGGCCAGCAUGGUGGUCUCCUUCUUCCUCACCGUGUACUACAACGUCAUCAACACCUGGGCCUUCUGGUACCUCUUUCAGUCCUUCCAGGAUCCACUGCCAUGGUCCGUCUGCCCCCUGAAUGGUAACCACACAGGCUACGACGAGGAGUGUGAGAAGGCUUCCUCGACGCAGUACUUCUGGUACAGGAAGACCCUCAACAUCUCGCCGUCCAUCCAGGAGAACGGGGGUGUGCAGUGGGAGCUGGCACUGUGCCUCAUCCUGGCCUGGCUCGUGGUGUAUCUGUGCAUCCUGCGGGGCACUGAGUCUACUGGCAAGGUGGUGUACUUCACCGCGUUGCUGCCCUACUGUGUGCUCAUCAUCUACCUGGUCAGGGGCCUCACGCUCCAUGGAGCCACCAACGGCCUGAUGUACAUGUUCACUCCCAAGGGUUCAUCAGCCCUGUCCCUGCUGGCCUUCCAGGUCAAGCAGCUGGCCGACCCCAGGGCCUGGAUCAACGCAGCCACCCAGAUCUUCUUCUCACUUGGCCUGGGGUUCGGCAGCCUGAUUGCCUUCGCCAGCUACAAUGAGCUCUCCAGCAACUGCCAGAAGCAUGCCAUCAUCGUGGCCCUCAUCAACAGCAGCACCUCCAUAUUUGCCAGCAUCGUGACCUUCUCCAUCUACGGCUUCAAGGCCACCUUCAACUACGAAGACUGCUUGAACAAGGUGAUUCUGUUGCUGACCAAUUAUUUUGACCUUGAAGAAGGCUCUUUGACAGCCAGCAACCUGGAGGAGGUGAAGGGCCACCUCGCAUCAACCUACCCAAGCAAAUACAGUGAGGUGUUCCCACAAAUUAGAAACUGCAGCUUGGAAUCGGAGCUAGGCACGGCCGUCCAGGGCAGUGGCCUGUCUUUCAUCGUCUACACCGAGGCCAUUAAAAACAUGGAGGUGUCCCAGCUGUGGUCGGUGCUGUACUUCUUCAUGCUGCUGAUGCUGGGCAUUGGGAGCAUGCUGGGGAACACGGCGGCCAUCCUCACCCCUCUGACUGACAGCAGAGUCAUUUCCAGCCACCUGCCCAAGGAGGUCAUCUCAGGUGUGGUGUGCCUCAUCAACUGUGCCGUCGGCCUGCUGUUCACCACGGAGGCUGGCAGCUACUGGUUUGACAUAUUCAACGACUACGCAGCCACGCUGUCCCUGCUGCUCAUCGUCCUGGUGGAGACAGUGUCGGUGAGCUACGUGUACGGGCUGAGGAGAUUUGAAAGUGACCUGAAGGCCAUGACUGGCCAAGCUGUCAACUGGUACUGGAAGGCCAUGUGGGCCAUCGUGAGCCCGCUGCUGAUCAUCAGCCUCUUUAUCUUCUACCUGAGCGACUACGUCCUCAAGGGCACUCUGCAGUACCAAGCCUGGGACGCCACCCAGGGCCAGCUGGUGACCAGGGAUUACCCCGUCUACGCACUGGCCAUCAUUGGGCUGCUUGUGGCCACCUCCAUCAUGUGCAUUCCCCUGGUGGCCCUGGGGGUUUUCAUCAUGCGACGCCUCAAGAGGGGUGGCACAGCCCUCGUAGGCUGA